CUGAUAUUGCUAGAGGGUUAAGACAUGCUAUGGGAUUGCAUCUGUUUAAUUUUGAUGUCAUUAGGGAUUCUAGAAUUGACAAAGAAAGCAGAACUUAUUGAGUGAGGAUAUGAAAAAGGAAGAAGAGUAGUCAAGUGAUGGGUUCUAUCAAGUAGGAGAAAAGCCUUGUGAGAAAUAAUUGGUCGUCUGCUGCAGGUGAAGACCACUGACGAAUCUUUAAGAACGGAUGAUGGAUGGGUGCAAUCUCUGAUGGAAGAUUAAUGGAUUUUGCUGGACCGAUUCGAAGGCCUUUUAUCAUCUUGGCGAGGGAAAAACUGCUGUAAUUGGAAGGGAAUUCAUUGCUCUAAUGACGCUUUACAUGUCAUAAAGGUCGACCUGCGGAACCCAAAACCGGACAACUUUAUGCGUAAUCUUUAUUCGGAUGUCAUUUCAAUUUCGUCUGGGCCAUCUGAUGCACUUAAUGGUACAAUUUCUCCUUCCCUCUUUAAUCUUUUUCAUCUCAAACAUCUUGACUUAAGCUACAACAACUUCGACUACUCCAAAAUUCACAAUCAGUUUUUCAAGCUCAAAAGUCUUGUUUACCUUAAUCUGUCAAAUUCGAUGUUUUCAAGUCUUAUUAAGAAUCAGUUUGCAAAUCUAUCUACUUUGCAGUACCUCGAUCUCUCGUGCUCCUCAGUGAUAUUUGAUUUCUCAUCCUUCUCUUAUAGUAUGUUAACAUUAGAAGGAUCCUAUGAUUACAGUAGCUCCUAUUUGCCGACUAGUUAUGUUUCUUCAACUAAUAUAAGUUGGUUAAGAGGGUUAAUCAAUCUCAAGAUUCUAAAGUUAACCGGUGUUGAUUUAUCGCUGGCUUCUUCAGUGCUCAGCACGAACUGGGCGGAACCUAUAUCGGUGCUUUCCAACCUUAGGGAGCUAUCACUUUCUAGUUGUAGCAUUUCUGGUCCAUUUCCACUUCAUGAAUUUCACAAUCUCUCAAGUCUAUCGCUUUUACAAAUGGACUCUAAUACUCUGAGCUCACCAAUUCCAAUUCAGCUUGCUAAUUUGACAUCUCUUUCAGUCCUUGAUUUGAACAACUGUCAGUUGCAAGGUUCAGUGCCUUAUCUUCCACAACUUCAAUACUUGGAUGUGAGUCUUAACGAAGAUUUCAUGGUUGAUCUCGUUCACAUGUUCAAUCAUCCAUGGUCUAUACUUCAAUUGCUUUCGAUUACUUGGACUAAUGUUGUUGGGCCGAUCCCAAGUUCUAUUUCAAAUGCAUCAUCACUGGUCUAUCUUCUUGCAUCACAUUGUUCAAUUCGAGGAUCCUUACCGGAUUCAAUUUCAAACCUUACCCACUUGCAAUAUCUAGACCUCAGUUUCAACUACUUGAAUGGUUACAUUCCCCAUUCAAUCUCCAAUCUAAGAAAUCUACAAGCGCUAAAUUUGAUCCAAAAUGGUUUACAUGGUCCCAUGCCAAAAUCAAUAUGUGAGAUUUCUUCUCUUGCAAUUCUUCUUGCAAGAGACAACAAUUUGAGCGGAUCAGUGCCUAGUUGCGUAGUCAAGCUGCGAAUAUUAAAGGUGUUUGAUGUCACAGGUAACAAUUUGACUGGAGCUAUCUCAUUUAGAUCUUUGUUCCUAGGGUCGAACCCUGUAUGGAUAUCUUCAAGCAGCAACUCUCUAGACGUAAAGAUAGAUGUUAAUUACUCGCUUACAUCUGAAUUUGAAGAACUGCAAACCUUAGGCCUGCAAGACUGCAAUUUGAAAGGGUAUAUUCCAACUUUCAUUUGCAAUAUGACUCAACUUUCUCUGUUGGAUUUAUCAUUUAACAACCUCAUAGGCUCUAUCCCUUCUUGUAUCUUCAAACUCCCACAUCUUUCAUACCUAGAUCUCUCAAACAACAACCUAGAAGGAACACUACCGCAUUCGAUAUCUCUUUCUCAAGAAUAUCCAAUUUCAGUACUACAAUUACAGAGCAACAAACUCCAGGGUCCUCUUCCUCUUCCACCAAAAAAUGUUGGGCUUUUGGAUAUAUCCGAUAAUGAAUUCUCUGGUGAAAUCUCUAAGGAAGUAAGUGAAAGACUGUCGAACACUGUUCAUGUAUCACUAUCUGAUAAUAAUCUUAGUGGUUCGAUUCAUUCUGCUAUUUGUUCACGAGGAAGUAGUCUAAAAGUUCUGGAGAUCUGAACAAACUAUCUGGAAGAAUACCCUCUACUCUAAAGUAUUGUAGUUCUCUUGUUUCUCUAAAUCUUGGGGCUAACAAUCUCACAGGAAGCAUUCCUAAUGAGCUUGAAAGAGCGAAAGAUCUAAAGUUUCUUCAACUUUACGAGAACAAUCUAAAUGGUACAUUUCCGACCUUUAUCCAACAAUUUCAGUAUUUGCAAGUUCUCAACUUGUGGAGUAACAAUCUUGAAGGUGGUAUACCCCAUUUCCUUGGUUCCUUGAGUAAUCUCAGGAUUAUUUCCUUAAGGUCAAAUAUGUUUAAUGGAUCGAUCCCUAAAGAAAUUACUGAUUUGCAUAAACUGCAAUUCUUAGACCUGUCAAAUUAUAAACUGUCUGGUUCAGUUCCUGAGAAGAUGGGAAACUUGGAGAUGCUAACAAGUAUGUCAAAUAAUAGUCUGGUGGUUGGUGACGUAAUCUCACUGGUAUAUUUAGGUGUGGAACUACAAAUACAGUGGAAAAAGGCGACUGAACAACUUGGGAUUGUACACACUUACAAUACUGGAAUUAUCUAUCAAGAAACUUCCUCGAAGGAAACAUUCCCAAAGAUAUUUGUCUACUUAAAGGUCUUAAGAUGCUUAAUCUAUCGCAUAACAACCUUCAUGGUGAGAUACCAAUGAAUGUCGGUAACAUGGCAGGUUUAGAGUCAUUAGAUUUGAGUUUCAACAGAUUGUCUGGAAACAUUCCAUUGUCUCUUACCUCGAUCGACCCUCUCAGCACUCUGGACCUGUCUUACAAUAACUUGAGUGGAAUGAUUCCUAGAGGUGCGCACUUUGAUCUAGUGAGUUUGGAUGGGUCAGCUUAUGUUGGCAACACUUUGUUAUGCGGUCACCCAACAAACAAGAUUUGUGAACAGGUUAAUCCUGGUUUUACUCAGCCUAACAGUGAAGGGAAAGCAAAUGUCAAGCUGGUGUUUUAUGCUGCUUUUCUUAUAGGUAUUGGAACUGGAUUUUGGGGUUUUGUAUUGGGUUUGGUUUUGCUUCUAAGCAAACAAAUAUGGUGGCUGGGGUAUUGGAGAUUUGUUGAUACUGUUGCAUUGACAAUAACCGCAUAUGUUUUGAAGAACUGAUAAAGACUAUGGGUGUUAAAUAGUAUACUGGGGUGAGACUUGAAAAUUUUAUGGUUUUCUUUAGUUCCAAGAUGAUGAAGAGAAUAUUUUGAAGAGCCGUCCAUAGACUUGAAGAUAUCGUCAUUAAAGCAUUAAACAUUUUGCUUGAUGUUAAAAUUCAUCCAAACAAGUGGUAACAUGAACUUUUCAAUUAUAAAUUUCUAAUGCAUAUAGCAGAAAUGAAAAAACUGAGACUAAAUUAAAUUAUUGCACUACUGCACAUGAACGCAUUGAUUUUCUGAAAACUGGCUUUGUUAUCAGGCACACAUUUUGUGGUGUAUGCAUAUGGAUUAUCUAGUACUGUAUUAAGAAGCAUCACCCUGUUAAGCCUGCCAUUUUCUUUACAGCUGGCUAAUCUACGAUGUUUGUCCUCACAUUUUCUGCUCCCAGUGCAUUCAAUGAAACAAAGCUGUUGAUGUGUGGUAUGGGCAUCUCCAUACCCGGGCUGCAGUAUUCGAAAAAAUUCCGAAUUUGUUUCGGAGUAGCAGUAUUUGUUUCUGGGUUAUGAAGACUGAUGUCACCAAGGUAAUUUGCGAAUAAUAA